AUGCGCUCACUUGGCCAACUGAUUAGUAUGAAGCAACAGCACUACAGCCCUACACAGUUCCGUGAUGGAUCAAGACAGAAGGUAACAAAAAAGCUUCAGUUUUGCUUACCAGUCAUUAGCCGCCAUUGGGUUAUCAUUGACAACAUUAGGCCCUCCCAGUCUAUACGCGAUGGAACGACCUUGGCUUCAAGAGGUGGAAGCUUUGAGCUUGGCUUCUUCAGUCCAGGUAGUUCCAAGAAUCGUUACUUGGGCAUUUGGUACAAGAACAUCCCAGUUAGAACUGUUGUUUGGGUUGCAAACAGAUGCAACCCCAUUAAUCAUUCUUCCGGCAGGUUGAUGAUGAACAGCACAGGGCAUCUUGUGCUGUUAGGCCAGAAUAAGAGUGUUGUUUGGUGGAUAAGCUCAGCUAAACAUGCCCCAAGUGCAAUGGUAGAGCUUUUAGAUUCUUGGAAUUUAGUACUAAGAGAUGCAGGAACCUAUUUGUGGCAAAGCUUUGACUAUCCUUCUGAUACGUUGUUACCAGGAAUGAAGAUGGGACGGGACUUGAGGACAGGUAUAAAACGGAGUUUAUCAGCAUGGAAAAAUUCAGAAGACCCAUGUCCACGAGAUUUCACUUGUGGGAUUGAAAUGGAACUUGAUACUUAUCCUGAGGCAUAUGUUCGGAAAGGCACUGCAAAAUACUAUCGUACUGGCCCAUGGAAUGGCCUGAGAUUCAGUGGUUCACCAGAAUUAAGGCCUAAUCCACUUUAUAGGUUCAACUUUGUCUAUAAUGACAAUGAAGUGUACUACAUGUACAACCUUCAAAGUAAGUCUGUAAUCUCAAGAAUAGUUCUGAACCAAACCGCAAGUACUCGUGAUCGCUUUACAUGGAUUGAAGCAGAUCAAACUUGGAGGGCCUAUUCAUCAGUACCAAGAGACUUGUGUGAUAAUUAUGGCCUCUGCGGAGCCAAUGGAAAGUGUAUCAUUGAUGAGAAUCCAGUCUGCCAAUGUCUAAAAGGAUUCAAGCCCAAGUCUCAAGAAAAAUGGAAUUUGACAGACUGGUCUCUAGGAUGUGUGCGCAAUAAACCGUUAAGCUGCCAGGAAAGAUAUAAAGAUGGGUUUGUCAAAUUUGCUGGCUUGAAACUGCCAGAUACUACACAUUCGUGGGUGAGCGAAAGUAUGAAUCUUAAGGAAUGCAGAACUAAAUGCUUGAAAAACUGUUCCUGUAUGGCUUAUACAAGCUCAGAUAUCAGAGGAGGUACCGGCUGUGCCAUCUGGUUUGGUGAUCUAAUAGAUAUCAGGCAGUUUGUGGCUAAUGGACAGGAUCUGUAUAUUCGUAUGCCAGCCUCAGAGUUAGAUAUGGACGAAACAAAUCAGAACAAUGAAGGGGAACCAAAGGAGGACCUGGAGCUCCCGCUCUUCAACCUGACCACAGUAAUAGGUGCUACAAAUAACUUUUCAAGCAAUAACAAGCUCGGAGAAGGUGGAUUUGGACCCAUUUACAGGGGGACACUACCAGAUGGACAAGAAAUUGCUGUGAAGAGGCUUUCAAGAAACUUUGGCUUGGCUAGAACAUUAGUUGGAGGAGAUCAGACUGGUGGAAAUACAAACAGAGUGGUUGGAACAUACGGUUACAUGGCACCUGAAUAUGCUAUCUAUGGGCUGUUUUCUGUCAAAUCUGAUGUCUUUAGCUUUGGUAUUUUGGUGUUGGAGGUCAUAAGUGGAAGGAAAAAUAAGGGAUUCUACCAUCCAAACCACAGUCAUAACCUUAUUGGACAUGCAUGGAUAUUAUGGAAUCAAGGGAGGCCUUUAGAACUGAUUGAUACACGUUUAGGAAGCUCAUAUACUCUAUCAGAAGUGUUACGUUGCAUCCAUGUUAGUCUUUUACGCGUGCAACAUCAUCCUGAGGAUAGACCAACCAUGGCAUCUGUGCUUAUAAUGUUGGGAAGUGAGAUUCCCUUGGCUCCCAAGCAACCUGGUUUCUUUAUAGAAACGGAAUCACUUGAAGCAGGCGUUCCUCCAGGUAAUCAGUGGUCAACAAACAAUAUAUCGAUUACACUUCUGGAGGCUCGUUAA